AGCAUGUCAGUAAAUAUGCAUGAAGGCUACAGCGCAGGAGGAUAACGUUACUUCCUAUUUCACCCACUUACUGCCAGGGGUAUGUUUAGUGCAGGGUUUUUGUGCUAGUAGUCCAGAGCAAAGCAGUAUGUCUUUGGACCCUGAAACCUUGCUGGAGGAGAGGCUCAGAUCAGAGCAGAAGUUCCAGCAGCACCUUGAGGCCCUGAGAGAAGCCCUCAGGCAGCAGCUGCAGGAGACAGACAGGAGACAGAGGGAGGAUCUGGACAGGAGGAUUCAUCAGAACUCACUCCUCUCAGGAGACACAGACAGAGAGUCCCAUGUUGGAAAACAAGACCAUCAGAACAGAUAUGGAGGCCUUGGGAGAUCUAGUUCUACAUCUGCCCUGACCUCGGGUAAGGAGACUUUACAACACCUCAGACAAUUAGAGAGAGCCAGUUCAUCCUCCCCAGUGUGGGUAUCUUCAACAAAGGGGCAGCACUCUGUCAGGACUUCCAAGGAAACUGUUCGAGAGACACGGCAGCUUCAGCAGCAGGCUCUAUCAAAAUCACAGCUGGCUCCUGAAAGCAAAGAGGAGGAGGGGGCAGACGCCGAGUGCCAGAAGAAGUUCUGUGCCGUUCCUGUCCCCGGCCAUGUGAGCCUGCCCCUCUACCAUGAGAUGAUGCAGCUGAGGGAGAAGAAGAGGAAGCAAGGCCAUGAGCAGAGGAAGGACUUCCUGCUCUCCACGCAAAAACCUUUCAGCUUUGAGCAGAGAGAAAAGGAGAAAAGGGAGAAGCUGAUAGCAACGUUUAGCCAAAUUGCACAGGAUCAGAAAUCCAAUGCUGCCGCUGUUGGGAAGGCUCUUCACAAAGUAGUAAAGGACUCAUCAGUUUGUGAACUUCGGAAAGAUGAGGAGCUUUGCACUCAGACAAAGACACAGGAGACCUUGAGAAGCUCCACAACGCCACAAGAGACUCCCACCCAGCCUGGUGGCCCUAAACCUCGCACUUCUGAGCACACCAAGAACAAAAUGCUGGCCUUCCUGAACGAGAAGCCGAGCUUCCAACCAAAGAUCAACCAACAGGUCCCUGAUUUUGGCCGGCUGCACAAGGCCCUACAGACAGAGGCGCAGAGAAAGACAACGAGCAAAGAUGGAACAAAGUGCCAGCCUUUCUACCUGAGGACAUCAGCUCUCUCCACAAGGCAAAGCAGGACAAGCCCUGAAAACUCACAGGGACCAGUAGUCAGCAGCCAUUUAAAGAGAAGCAAAUCAUUUGGGGGCUUAACGUCACUAUCUGAGGACACACUCCCCACAUACAUCACAGACGCUACAAGGAAGCGUUGGAUGGCCAUCAGAAAGUCACUGGAGCUGAGGGAUAGCAAGAAGCAAGAGAGUGCAGAUUGGCUGGAGAAGUACAAAAUGAGGUCCCACGCCAUGAAGAAGGCAGUUGCUACCCGCGCAAAGGUGUUGGACCCACACAGCAGCUUGAAAGAAGUGUGUGACCACAAAAUCCAGCAGCAUCGGGAAGCUGACCUACACAGGAUGAGAGAGUACAGGAGAGAGUUACGGGACAUGAAAGCACGAGUCACCGCACGUCCUUACCUGUUCGAGCAAGUGACACAGAGAAAUGCCAAGGCUCAUGUAGAAAAAGCAUACAGAGACAAGCUGAGGGAAGUAGGGUUAAGUGAACAUUUUGUUGAAGCGAAUGGAAAAACAGCUGAAGUAACGUCAGAAAUAUCCCGACCUGAGGAUGAUGAGGAUGUGACUGACCACGGAAUUGCAAAUGGCAUUCAUAUCAGGGAAGAAAAUGUAGACUACGGGGAGAAAAUUGAAGAUGUGGAAGAAAAGAGCGUGAAAUCCAAAGGGGAAGAAAUGCCAUGAUCAAAAAGGUUGAGGCGGCAUGGAGUUUUUCGUGGCCUCUCUGCUAGAAAACAACGCUGUCCUCAAAAGUGAUUCAUGUCAAGGCUAACUAUAUCUGCCAAACAUUUGACAGUUCAAGAUUUGCAGCUCUAAAUUAUGAAAUUGCUGAACAUCUGGACAUUAAAACAGUGGAUGUUUUAAAUGUUAGG